AUGCGCUGUAUUUUUGCAGCAGGUGUAUAUGCUGGAUCCUGCAUAUGCUUUCUCUUUCCCGACUAUGCUUUCGUUGCUGCAUAUUACGUGCGUCCGGAAUUUCGCGGCCGUGGAAUUGGUUCACAGCUCUUUAAUUUGGUGGUUAACAAUAAAGUGAAAGAGGGAAAUGUUGGUUUGUAUGCAGAACCAUCAAUGGCCCCCGUUUAUGAGGAAAAACUUGGUUUCAACAAGAAAGCGUCUUGGACGGCACAGAAAGUGCAAGUCACAAACAUCGACUUUUCUAAGCUUUCAGGCUUGGCGUACAAUUUUUUGAUCAAAGAUAUCAGUGAGAUUAGUUUGCAGCAGUUGAUCGAGUAUGAUUCCAAAUUUGCUGGAGCCAACAGAGAAUCGUUCAUCCGAUCCUGGGUUUAUGAACGCCCGGAUGCAGCAUCUAAGGUGGUCAUAAAUUCAGAUAAUGAAAUUGUCGGCUAUGGAUCAGCGCACUUGUUUUCAAUAUGGGAUAGUCCAGGGUUUUCUCCAAUAUACGGCGACAGCGAGCUCGUUUUCCUGGCUCUAUUUGGUGCCUUAGUCGAGCAUUUCAAAGAACAAAUCCAACGGAAAAAUGUGGUCGAUUUACGCAUACCGAGUGUUCAGUUAAAAGCACUUCGAGCGGCUUUGCAGGGAUUAGCCGAUAUCAAAGAAGUUAGUUCAGCUUGCAAUUUGUCGAAUGCACUGGAUCAGCAUAGUCCUAUCUGGAUACGUUACUACCGGUCGGAAUUGGUGAUUACCGUGAUUCUAUCACUAACUGCAACAAUACCUCUGAUGUUUACAAAAGUUGUGCCAGAACACGAUGUCAACAGAAUUUUCAGUGUUUCCGAUUUGAAUAUGUUCAUUUAG